UCGCCAGAAGCGACGCCAGUUGUCACAAAAAAUGGUUGUAUUUUAUCCGAGUGUAUAACUGUGCUGAAACUCUAGGAAAAAGGAAGCUACUGCAUCGAACGUAUGUUGCUGCCAUUCUGUGCGAAUAAAUAUUGUGCUCGAUAAACGUUUUCAAAGAGGCGUCAGUGUGUAACGAGACCCUUACACAGGCUAAGAAUAUAAGACGUACUUACCGAUCAUCCCAAAUCGAGUCAAACACCAAUGAAUGCUCGCGAUAGAUGAAUCUGUCAGCUGGUUUCCCUGUACAGAAACAAUGCUUCAAACUCUUCGCGAGCGAUCGCAAAAGCGCAAGAAGCUUCUGGCGCAAACGCUUGGUGUUUCGAGCGUCGACGAGUUGCGUCAGAUUUUGGGCACAGACGUCGACGAGUCGCAGAGGAAACGGGGGAAAUCGGUGUCCGAGAGGUCCGUGAAUGGCGGGAAAGAUUCAAAGAACGACGCAGCUCCGACGGACGAGAUCGUUUAUAAAGACUCUUCGACGUUUCUCAAGGGCACACAGUCGUCGAAUCCUCACAACGACUAUUGUCAACACUUCAUCGACACGGGUCAGCGGCCACAAAACUUCAUCCGAGACGUGGGCCUUGCGGAUAGGUUCGAAGAAUACCCGAAGUUGCGCGAGCUGAUCAAAUUGAAGGAUGACCUAAUAUCAGAAACCGCGACUCCGCCGAUGUACCUGAAAACAGACUUGCUCUCGUACAAUCUGAAAGAGCUCAACUGCAAAUUCGACGUGAUACUGAUCGAACCCCCGCUGGAGGAGUAUCAGCGCACGUGUGGCGCGACCAACGUUCAGCUGUGGAAUUGGGAUCAGAUCAUGGAGCUGGAUAUCGGUGAAGUGGCGGCGAAUCGGAGCUUCGUGUUUCUCUGGUGCGGUAGCAGCGACGGCCUGGACAUGGGACGCUUCUGUCUCCGCAAGUGGGGCUUCAGACGGUGCGAAGACAUCUGUUGGAUUCGCACCAACAUCGACAAUCCAGGUCACAGCAAGAACUUGGACAGCAAAGCCGUGCUCCAGAGGACCAAGGAACACUGUCUGAUGGGAAUCAAGGGAACAGUUCGACGAUCCACAGACGGGGACUUUAUCCAUGCGAACGUGGAUAUUGACUUGAUCAUAUCGGAAGAGCCUGAAUACGGCUCCAUAGAGAAACCUGUCGAAAUCUUUCACAUAAUCGAGCACUUCUGCCUCGGCAGGCGACGGUUGCACCUGUUUGGCCGCGACACCACCAUUCGGCCUGGAUGGCUGACCGUCGGACCGGAACUGACCAAUACAAACUUCAACGCGGAUCUGUACACCAGUUACUUCGCGAACGGCCAGAUCACGACAGGCUGCACGGAACGCAUCGAGGCCCUCAGACCAAAGUCUCCGCCGCCGAAGGGCAAGGUCGCCGGUCGAGGGAGAGGCGGAUUCAGCCGUGGACGGGGCAGAGGAAGGUAAAACGCGCGUCGGUUAGACCGGCCACGUGCAGCGAGCAGACUGAUCAAGGUUGUAACGCCGCUUCCUUUCGAGGAUACCGCCGUGCUCCGCCGAGUAUUUGAGGAUCCGGAAAUCGUCCGAUUCGCCGCGCACCUUCGCGUUCGCGUCGUUCGAGACCAGGGGCCGAUCCGGGAACGGAACGGCCCGGAAAACGGUCGCGCAAGAGUCGGUGCGAACGAACAUAAUGCGAACACCGAUCGAUCACUUUUUGCGCGCGACAACAAAGUUCGCGAGCAGAGAAAACGGACGCGCACGAUCGAGCUCCGUGAACAAGACGUAACGCAACGCAAUACUUUGGCAUACGAUACGACUCGUGCCCUACAAUAUUUUGUAACGCAGAAACUAUACAAAGUGUUUCCAAUAAACCAAUCGAAUCGAAGAG